GUCGAGAUACUUUCCCGAUUUUCUGACUAAAUAGAGCAUCAGAAGAUUUUGAGUGGGCUGGUGGGUACUUCUUCAUUUGAGCUCCACCACCCGAUAACUCGAGCACCGGCCUGCUUCUUCACAACCUAACUCAUACGAGCUCGCCGCGGGCACCGCGCGACCGUCACGACCCCGGCCACCAGUAGCGCUCGCACGAUCUACUGCUGAUGGCCGUUUUCUGCUCGGCGUCUUUGUCUAUGGCGCUCCAUUUGUCGCUCUUCCUUGGACCUUUUCGAUCGAUGGCGUAACGAACAUUCAACGGACCCUUGAUCGCCACCUCGUUGACAACGGCUCCAAUCCAACCCAUUCAGGGACAACGUCGUUCCGUGGUUAGCUCAAGGUGGCCUUUGUUUCCCUAGUGCUACCGAAGUUACCUUUCCAUCUCUCAAUUUUACCAUUGGUCAGAUGGCAAACAUGUGGCUUUGCUUCUUGCUGCUGAUUUGUAUACAUAACACUGGAAAAAUAGUAGCAGACUCAACAUAUUUAAUUGGGCUUGGGAGUUAUGACAUAACUGGUCCAGCUGCAGAUGCCAAUAUGAUGGGAUAUGCUAAUACUGAACAGAUCGCUUCCGGUGUCCAUUUUAGGCUUAAGGCUCGAACAUUUAUUGUUGCAGAGCCAGGAGGAAACCGUGUGGUUCUUGUGAACCUUGAUGCAUGUAUGGCUUCUCAGCUUGUGACAAUCAAAGUGCUUGAGAGACUGAAAUCAAGGUAUGGAGAUUUGUACAAUGAAAAAAAUGUAGCCAUCAGUGGUAUUCACACACACGCAGGGCCUGGGGGGUACCUCCAGUAUGUUGUGUACAUUGUAACAUCUCUUGGCUUUAUAAAGCAAUCUUUUGAUGUUCUUAUAGAUGGCAUUGAAAAAAGCAUAGUUGAAGCCCAUGAAAAUCUUCGACCAGGAGAUAUCUUUGUGAACAAGGGAGAGCUUCUGGAGGCUAGUAUAAAUCGCAGUCCUAGUGCCUAUCUUAACAAUCCUCCUGCAGAGCGUAGCCAAUUCAAAUAUAAUGUUGACAAAGAAAUGACCCUACUUAAGUUUGUAGAUGGUGAAUGGGGCCCUGUUGGUAGUUUUAAUUGGUUUGCUACUCAUGGUACUUCAAUGAGCCGAACAAACUCCUUGAUAAGUGGAGAUAACAAAGGAGCUGCUGCUAGAUUUAUGGAGGAUUGGGCCGAACAAAAUGGUUAUCCUAAACAAACUGACAGUGCAUAUCCUGAUACAAUUACUAGUGGCAUUGAACAGAAGGUACUUCAUCGAAGAAUCUCCAUCAUAAUUCCUCAGCCAGAUGAUAAAUCUUCUGAGUUAAUGCAGCUGGCAUCUUCGUUCCUGGCAUCAGGUGGUAGAUUAUUAUCAAGUACAGGAAGAAUUUCUCAGCGUGUCCGAGAUACACAAGCUGGAAAACCCAAAUUUGUGUCUGCCUUUUGCCAAUCAAAUUGUGGAGAUGUGAGUCCAAAUGUGUUGGGAACUUUCUGUAUCGAUACUGGUCUCCCUUGCGAUUUCAAUCAUAGUACCUGCAAUGGGAAGAAUGAACUUUGCUAUGGACGAGGCCCAGGAUACCCAGAUGAAUUUGAAAGCACAAGGAUCAUUGGUGAAAGGCAGUUCAGUAAGGCUGUUGAACUCUUUGAUUCAGCAUCUGAGUUGGUGAAAGGAAAAAUUGAUUAUCGUCAGACCUAUUUAGAUUUUUCAAAUCUAGAGGUCACCCUUCUUUCAAGUAAUGGAAGUCAGGGAAUUGUGAAAACAUGUCCAGCUGCCAUGGGAUUUGCUUUUGCUGCAGGAACCACAGAUGGUCCUGGAGCAUUUGAUUUUAAGCAGGGAGAUGUCAAGGGCAAUGCCUUCUGGAAAGUAGUGAGAAACGCACUGAAAACACCUAGCCGUGAUCAAGUUACUUGCCAGCAGCCAAAGCCAAUUUUACUGGACACUGGUAACAUGCAAGUACCAUAUGCUUGGGCGCCUUCAAUACUUCCAAUUCAGAUAAUCCGUAUAGGACAGGUGGUCAUCCUAUGUGUGCCUGGAGAGUUUACUACAAUGGCUGGGAGGCGUCUUCGUGAUGCUGUGAGAGCAAUACUCACUCGUGAUGGCAAUGGCGAAUUUGGUAGCAACAUUCACAUUGUUAUUGCGGGAUUGUCAAACACUUACUCGCAGUAUGUUACCACAUUUGAAGAGUAUGAGAUUCAGAGAUAUGAGGGGGCGUCAACUUUGUAUGGUCCGCACACUCUCAGUGGUUACAUUCAGGAAUUUGAAAAACUUGCAUCUGCCCUUUUAGAAGGCAAAAACAUUGAAACAGAGUUGCAACCACCAGAUCUCUUGAGCAAGCAAAUUGGUUUCCUCCCGCCUGUGGUCAUGGACACAACCCCCAUGGGAGUUAAGUUUGGGGAUGUUCUCACAGAUGUUAGUGAAAACUCUACAUUCCACCCAGGCGACUUGGUGACAGCUACUUUCUGGUCUGCUUGCCCACGGAAUGACGUCCUGAGUGAAGGUACAUUCUCGCUGGUGGAAAUGCUAGACAGCGGUAGUAACUGGAUAGCUGCAUACGAUGAUGAUGAUUUCUGUUUACGAUUCAAGUGGUCGAGACCAGCAAAGCUGAGUUCCCGUAGCCAUGCAACCAUCGAGUGGAGGAUUCCUGAAACAGUUGUUGCAGGCGUCUACAGAUUAAGGCAUUUUGGUGCAUCCAAGAGUUUGCUUGGGAAAAUUAGUCAUUUUACUGGCACGUCCAGGGCCUUUGUUGUGCUCUAGCUAAGUUGAAUGCCUUGUAUUUGACAUUAAGUUGAAACUUCACUCUAUUCAGGAUCAUGUGUACGUAUUGUUUGGGUCGGUUGCUUUGCUCAGAAGAUCACAAUACUAACAAUGCGUUGUGCUUGCUAUUUGCCUGCUGUACCUUAUGUAAGAGAUUCCACAUUGCUUUUA